UGGAGGCGGGCGGGGGGAACAGCGCGAAGCCGUCGCCGCUUUUCCGUCCCUCUCGUUUCUCGCCUCGGUCCAGGCAGCGCGUGGAGGGGAAGGACCGAGAUGAGCAGCACCGUGGCCAGCCCCAUGUCGGCAGUUGCCUCUUCAAGCAGUGGAAGAAGAUCAACAAGCUUUACACUUGAAUUGCAGAGUAUGAUGUUUUCCCUGGGAGAUGCUCGCAGGCCACUCCAUGAAACUGCAAUUCUGGUGGAAGACAUUGUUCACACUCAGCUGAUAAAUUUGUUGCAGCAAGCAGCUGAAGUUUCUCAGAUGAGAGGAGCUCGAGUCAUCUCUGCUGAAGAUCUCCUGUUCUUAAUGCGCAAAGAUAAGAAGAAGCUUCGAAGGCUACUCAAAUACAUGUUUUUUCGAGACUACAAAUCUAAAAUUGUCAAAGGAAUAGAAGAAGAUGACAUCCUCGAAGACAAAUUCAACAGCAAUAACACCAACAAGCGGCAGAAGCUGGCCCAGGACUUCCUCAACUCCAUUGACCAGACUGGAGAGCUCUUGGCCAUGUUUGAGGAUGAUGAGAUUGAUGAUGUCAAGCAGGAGCGCAUGGAGAGAGCAGAAAGACAAACACGAGCCAUGGACUCAGUCCAGUACGCAGAAUUCUGUGAAAGUCGGCAAUUGAGUUUUUCAAAGAAAGCAUCCAAGUUCCGUGACUGGCUGGACUGUAGCAGUAUGGAAAUAAAGCCAAAUGCAGUUGCAAUGGAGAUUUUGGCAUAUUUAGCAUAUGAGACUGUGGCCCAGCUGGUGGACUUGGCCCUUUUGGUUAAACAGGACAUGACUCCCAAAGCUGGUGACCCAUUCAGUCAUGCCAUAUCUGCCACCUUCAUACAGUACCACAACUCUACGGAGCCCCACCUCUUAGGGCAGUCUGCGAGUGUGAAGACCAGUCUUGACUCCCCUGAGAACACACCACCCCCUACACCCACCCCGCCAGCAUCAACAGGGCAGCAACACCUUGGGAAAACCCCCUCAGGAGCCUUGGGGAACGGUGGAAUUGGACAGGACUCCACCAAAUCCAAACAAAGGAAAAGAAAAAAGAGCACUGCAGCCUGUGGGAUGGAGGCUCAAAGUGAUGCCAUCCAGCCCAGCCACAUCAGAGAGGCCAUUCGGCGCUACGGCCACAAGAUUGGCCCCCUUUCCCCAUUCACAAGUGCCUACCGCAGGAACGGGAUGACUUUCCUCGCCUGCUGAUGUGGAUGUGGCUGCAGCAACAGGAAAGACAGUGUUAUAUUAAGGUGAUUUUCUUUUCCCCUCCAUGGAAGGAAAAAAAUACAAGCUCCAAUGUCUCCAUUGAGUGGGCUGGUUUGUUGUGACUAUCUGCUGGCUGUCUCUGUCUCUUUUUCCAGCCCCCUCAAUCGUUAUUCUUGUUUACUAGCUGGAACAUUUAGCUAAUUAAUGGCAGGAUGUUUGGGAUAGGGUGUAGGUGGACAAGAAUGCAGCUCAGACAAUGCUGGAGUUUGCAGGGGACUUUCUGACUGCCAUGUCAUUUUUAUUUAAGUGUCUGGAAGUCUGUAUGUUC